AAUAAGAAGUACUUUAGAAGAGGUGACCUAGCAGCAAAACAAGCAGAGGAAUACAAGAAGAAACAAGAGGUUCAGUGUUAACAUGGCUGCUGUAUUCAUUUGAUUAGAUUCCCGCGGGGUAUUAAAUUUUUGGGCCUUGAGAGUGGGUGCUUGUUUAAGGCCGGGCGCUUGUUAAAGUUUUAUUAUUUUGAGCAAGUAUUAAGUUAAUUUUAUAAUAAAACAGUAAAUAAUAACAAAAUAAGAAGAUGUGAGUAUGUUAAGUUUGUGACAAACAGUUAUUUUGAUAGUGAAAGGUGUUGUAGUUCAAAGUGAGAAUCAAUCGAUUUAUGAUUAUGACUUGAGGAGCAUGAACAUUUGCAUUUAAGCUUACAAUGUAAGCGUAAUUAAGCUUAUGUUUUCAGUUUGUAAGCUGAACAGAAAUAAUUUCACACUCACUUUUCUGAGCCAUUUUUACAACAAACUUUCAAUGAACAGUUAAAAUUCUGCUCUGGCACAUCUUCAAAUAAUGACCAAUACUUUUAUUGUCCACUUAAGUCAGAAAGCCCCUUCAGGGCAAAGUGUCUCAACUAAUUUUGUCGCCAAUUGUUGGUGAAAACAUUUUAACCUAAAUUUAAUUUUGACCUGUAAUAUUUACAAUCUUUUGUUCGCUAUGAAAGUAGCUGGAAGAAAUCCCUAGACCCUGGCCCUUCUUGAAAGCCCUUCCAAUAUUUGGUAACUUUAUCAAAGUUUUCAAAAUUGUUUGUCGCUUAUGAACAAUGAUUGCAAAAUUUGGAUCUCCAGUGGAUUAUCACAGAAUUAGAUAGAGAGCUAUGAGAUGUCAUUUAAUGUAGACAAGUAUAUUUUUAAACUAUCACAUCAAGGACAUAGCUAGUACAGUUACUUCUUGAGAAUAAAUCAGUUUUAUCAGCAUGUGAAGUUAAUACCGCUGGAAGAUAACAUGUACUAUCUGAUACUUUGAUGGUUACAAAAAUUUAUGUUAUGUUUGUUUUUGUUUUUGUUCACUUUAACUUAGGAAAAACUAAAAGAAAAAGAGGUAAGCCAAGCAAUCUUUUUAUCUUUCGUAGACCUGUUUUUAUUUCCUAUUUUGGUAGAGGAAAUGUUUGCCUUAUGAAAGAAAUUUAAUUCACAGGAAAAAUAUGGGAAGAGAACUGCAGAAGAUGAUAUAUUUUCUGGAUUUAAAAAGAAAAAGGGAGAAGGUGAAGGAAAAGCAGCAAUGAUCCCAAGAGAAGAGGUGCAGAACAUGUAGAAUAUCAUUGGACAUUUCAGUGUUAAAUUAAGUUUAUGUCAACGUAGUUAUGGAAAUUUCUUUGUUACCAGAAAUUUUUUUGUUUUAAUGAAGUUAUGACAUUUUUUUAAUUCCCUGAUGUGUCUAAACGUACACAUGAAAUUCCUGACAUUGCUUUUAUACAAAGAAAAUUUUCUAAAAAAAUUAUGUGUAAUAACCAGUGUUUGGUUUAACGCAUGAGAAACAGAAAAUUAUUUCUUCAUCCUUUACUGACACACUUUCAUCAUUUUUAAAGGUGAUUCGACGUUUGAGAGAAAGAGGAGAACCAAUAAGAUUGUUUGGUGAAAGUGAUGAAGAAGCUUGUCAGAGACUGAGGUUACCAUAAAAAAAUUAAAAAAAAUAAAUUUUAUUGAAUUUGUGAAAUACAUCUUUGUAAACUAUGACUCUUUAAGAUAGACAAUUUUCUUCUUUCUGCAGGAGAAUUGAGAUGCUUGCUCCAGAGAUUAACAAGGUAUGCUCUUAGAAUCAUGGAAGGAGUAAAAUGAAUACAUCUGUAUAUUGUAGACACUGUAAUAGUAGGAUGUUAUUGGGAAUGUCUUACAUCUUUAAUUUGUGAGUUAAUAGAAAUCCUUUGUCCUUUUUUUACUAAACUUGCUAUAAACAUUGUACUAUUUGAAAAUUAGUCAUGCUUAGCAGUUUCUUAUGUGUUUACCAGGGUCUAAGGAAUGACUUCAAGGCUGCUAUGGAAAAGAUUGAUCAAGAAUAUUUAGCAGAGCUGAUCAAGCAACAGGUCUGUCAUACUCUCUGUAUGAAAUAUUUUCUCAUGAAAGAUGAGAAUUUACUCAAGAGAUUCUAAGUUAACCCAUUUGCUCCAGGAAAUGUUGCCAAAAGAUGCCUUUUGAAGAUAGUAAGUAUCACUUUCUGGUCCCUCUCCUCCUAAAAUGAAACAAAAUGGCCCAAAAUGUUGUUUAUACGUUUAUCACUUCACAGCCUUCUGUUUCUGAUGCUACAUGUCAGCUUCUAAAGUUCAGGCAUGCACAGAAAGCAAAAUAUUUGUCAGACACUUACACCUUGCACAUUCUCGUUCUCCUCUUCUUUUCCUUUUCUUUUCUUACCUCAUAUUUUUUUGCUGGACAUUAACCAGGCUUCAUAUUUGGUAGGAAAAGGGUUUGGGAAAACUUUCGUGAUUGUAGCAUUAGAUGGAAUAAAGUGCAGGUGGAUAGUGGGUGGGUAGUGGUUACUGUUUUUUUUUGCAUUUUUCUCUGGGCCGUUGAACUGAAUCAUGCUCAUUUGGGUAUGGUGAGAAAGAUCUCUUCCCCCUGCUCAAGUUGGAUGUCAAAGUUGUUGGUGACUGUUAAAACUUUUAAAAUCACAAGUGGUAGAAGGGACGUACAUCCCUACCAGUGGUUAUGGGUGGUUCAGGUGUGUUCAUGGGUUAAGAUCUCAGGCAACAGAACUGUUUCCUUUGCUGUCACUAAGAGGGAAGUGUUCAGUGGCUGUGGAAAAAAUGCUUAAUUCUCAUCAUUGUUAAGGCUAUAUGUUGGCUGUUAAGUGGGUGUGUCGUGGCUGUUUAAUAUGGUUCAUUCUGUUAGUGUUGCCAAUUGCAUGUCCCCCUACACACUAUGGAACUUAAAUGAUAGAGAAGAAAUUACCUAUAAAAUGACAAAAUAACAGCUUCUCCUGUCAAAUGGUUAUGUCUCCCAAGCAAUAUCAAACUUUAUAAACAACAAAAGAGAACUUAGAAAAACUGUUAGGCUAACGAGUUUGUAAAAUCCUCAAUUAUACAGUAUAUUGCAAUUCAUUUUAAUUUUCAAAAAAUUGUCUAUCUGUGCCCUCUUUUUUAUUUUAAUUUACUGUGUUAUUUAUUAUACCUUCUUUCAAAGCUUUUAGCAGUAUUUUUAUAUUUCACUUGGUUGGUGUUAGCUGUGACCGUCGAAUUUUGAUAAUUUUCCUGACUCAUCUCUUUUACAGUGUAAGCUGUGCACAUUUGACACUUCUGAUAAUACAAAAUUAAGAUCAUGUUUUUCCUUCACGUAGGGUGGGGAGGAGCAAACUAAUGAAAAUGAAGAGUCAUCACAAGCAGAAGAUGAUGGAACAACUCUUGAAGAUAUCAAGGUAAAAAAAAUGUAAUUUCUUUCCCAUGCAGUUUUCCUUCUAAAGUUUCUGAUUUGUGUGAGUAAUUAAUAUUCGCAAAUUAUGUUAUGUUAAUAAAUUUUUUGUUCCUCUCACUAUUCUGUACAAAUUAAUGGAUUUCAUAGCAAAAAAAAUAGAUAAUACUAUUCUAUAUAAAAAUUCAAGAUACAACGUAUAUAAUCUAAUCUAAACUUAUCAAACAAGUUAAAUAAUAAAAUGAUCAUCAGACUCUUGAUCAUUUAUUUAUUUAUUUUGUAUCAUAGAGGGCCACAAGUUUAUUAGCUGUGGCUAUUUGGUGUCAACCCUCUUUUAAUUUAAAUAAAGUCUUCAUCUUAUCUUAUUGUACAUGCAUGAAUGUACACUCAAGUACAUGUAUCAAUAUUGGAAAGAAUGACAAGUAAAUUUUAUGUGUUGUCAGUUUGAAAGACAAGCAGAAGCAGUUGUAACUCAAUAAGGCUCUGAUAACUCAUACACAUAACUUGUAUAAAAAUAGUAACAAACAGUUUUGACUUUACAGAGUUUGGCCAUUAACAUGGGCAAAGGCGAUGAAAGCCUGGAUCAAGAUGUUAUAUUAAAGUUUAUACAGGUUUGUUAAUUUGUCAAACACCUUUUUAAGUCAAAAAAAGAAAUGAGUUUUCCCUUUUUGCUGAGUAACAAACUACCGGUAAAUCUUUUCACAGUUCCUCCUUCAUCUUUGGGCAAAAGAUUAUAAGACAAGAUCUGAAGAUAGCAAGAGAAGCUUGGAGGUAACUAGAUAAGAACAGUCAAAGCCUGUUGACUCGGACACUGACGGGGUCAUAAAAAGUGUCCGUAUUAACGGGAUGUCCAUAUUAAGCACAUAGAAUUUAGAAAAAAAUGUAAGAGUUUUUUCCCCAGGGACAAAGCAAACUGUCCAUAAUAAUAAUGAGGUGUCCAUAUUAAGCAAGUGUCCGCAAAGGCGGGUUUGACUGUAAUAAGUUUAAAAUUUUACUCAAGUCUUAGAGCCCUGCAUUUGUCUUUUGUGCUGAUAGUAGUAAUUUAUAGUGAAAAGCUUUGACUGCGAGCCAUGUCCAGCCCUGGCCAUGAAAUCCAGAGUUUCUUCACUUCUUACUUAGUUCCACACUUCUCAGAGGUGUGGAAGUGUGGAGUAGUCUGGCAAAGUAAGGAUAUUGUCGCAUUUUUCCCCCAGUCAUGAACCCUUUGUCAUUCUUUACUUUGUUCCACACUUCUCAGAGGUCUGGAAGUGUGGAAUAGUGUAACAAACUAAGGAUAUUGUCGCACUUUCCCCCAGUCAUGAACCCUUUGUCAUUCUUUACUUAGUUCUACACUUCCCAGAGGUCUGGAAGUGUGGAAUAGUGUGACAAACUAAGGAUAUUGUCGCACUUUCCCCCAGUCAUGAACCCUUUGUCAUUCUUUACUUAGUUCUACACUUCCCAGAGGUCUGGAAGUGUGGAAAAGUGCGACAAAGUAAGGAUAUUGUCGCACUUUCCCCCAGUCAUGAACCCUUUGUCAUUCUUUACUUAGUUCUACACUUCCCAGAGGUCUGGAAGUGUGGAAAAGUCCGACAAAGUAAGGAUAUUGUCGCACUUUCCCCCAGUCAUGAACCCUUUGUCAUUCUUUACUUAGUUCUAUACUUCUCGGAGGUCUGGAAGUGUGGAAAAGUCCGACAAACUAAGGAUAUUGUCGCACUUUCCCCCAGUCAUGAACCCUUUGUCAUUCUUUACUUAGUUCUACACUUCUCAGAGGUGUGGAAGUGUGGAAUAGUGUGACAAACUAAGGAUAUUGUCGCACUUUCCCCCAGUCAUGAACCCUUUGUCAUUCUUUACUUAGUUCUACACUUCCCAGAGGUCUGGAAGUGUGAAAAAAGUCCGACAAAGUAAGGAUAUUGUCGCACUUUCCCCCAGUCAUGAGCCCUUUGUUAUUCUUUACUUAGUUCCACACUUCUCAGAGGUCUGGAAGUGUGGAAUAGUGUGACAAACUAAGGAUAUUGUCGCACUUUUCCCCCAGUCAUGGACCCCUUGUCAUUCUUUACUUAGUUCCACACUUCUCAGAGGUCUGGAAGUGUGGAAUAGUGUAACAAACUAAGGAUAUUGUCGCACUUUUCCCCCAGUCAUGGACCCCUUGUCAUUCUUUACUUUGUUCCACACUUCUCAGAGGUCUGGAAGUGUGGAAUAGUGUAACAAACUAAGGAUAUUGUCGCACUUUUCCCCCAGUCAUGAACCCCUUGUCAUUCUUUACCUUGUUCCACACUUCUCAGAGGUGUGGAAGUGUGGAAAAGUCUGACAAAGUAAGGAUAUUGUCGCACUUUUCCCCCAGUCAUGAACCCCUUGUCAUUCUUUACCUUGUUCCACACUUCUCAGAGGUGUGGAAGUGUGGAAAAGUCUGACAAAGUAAGGAUAUUGUCGCACUUUUCCCCCUGUUAAGAACCCCUUGUCAUUCUUUACUUAGUUCCACACUUCUCGGAGGUGUGGAAGGGUAGAAUUGUCUGACAACUUGAGUUUAAUGUCGCACUUUCCCGGAGUCACGAGAAGCUCAGUGCGCUUCAUGAGCACUUGGUUUUAUUUCUGUAUGGUUUUUUACAUUAUUCCUUAAGAACUAUUUUUAUUUUGAAUAGCGGAUAUAACCAUUGUUUCAAUGCCAGCUGUUGAAAGAAACUUAAAGUUAAGAAAUCUGAUCUCCAACCAAGCUUUCUUCCUUAUCAGUACGGGUUCAAAUUUGAUCAUUGUUAGAUCACGCCAUAUAUCCACUGUUUCGUAGUUUUUCCUCUUCUCUAAGGUUAUGUAAAUGCUGAACAUAAAUUAUGAAAAAGACGAAGUGUCCUCUGUUCAUUUUCCUUGUCAUGUUUGCAUAUUUUGACAGCCAAGAGAAGGUCUGCUCGCAAACUUCUGUGUCAAUCUGUUGGUGAAACACAAAGAGGUCAGAUGACAACAUCAGAACGUUUGUAUAUCGCUUCAUGUUAGAAGAGAAGGGUGGACCAUGCAAUUGAUUAGAGCAUUUAUAAACUUUAUCAAGUUGAUCUUAAAGCGAGGAAGAUGGAACGCACAUACUCUGCAUUCUUUACUGCCUAUUUUUAGCGUUGUCACGAUCUUAAGAGACCUGUCUCCACUAACUCAAAGUUGUACCCAAUUGAAAGCUCCCGAGGUAAAGAUUCUUUGUGUAUUGUAUUUGCGUUAUAAUGUGGCAUUCACAUUUAAAUGAUAUGGAAAUUCCUAAAACAAAACGAUUUAUACCCAAAGGGUUUGAAUUGGGUACAACAUUUAGUUAGCGGAAUAGGUCUAUAGGAAGGAGAAAACCCAGAAUAAGACGUCUCAUAUAUGGCACGUUAAGAUGAAAACUUUCAAACAUAAAAAUAGAUGAGAUGACGUUGUUGAGGUUUCCGUUGAAAAAUAAAUAAAUAAAUAAACGAAGAUAAAGGACUGACGGGGACUUCGUGACAGAGAAAACGUAGGCUGGUUUUAUGGUCGGGUAUUCAAACAGAUGGCAGUGAAACAAGGCUAAUAUCUUCUAGUCACAGAAUUGUUGUCUAAACUUAAAAAUAGUAUUUAAAAAGAUGUAAAACGAGUUGCAGGAAUAAAACCAACAAAUACUCCCACUGCGCUGUAUUCUCAUUUCAUACAUAGGAGUGUAACUAAGGAAAGAAUGUCAAGGGAUUUGUGACUGGGGGGAAAGUGCGACAAUAUCCUGACUCUGUCAGACUAUUUCAUACUUCCACACCUCUGAGAAGUGUAGAACUAAGUAAACAAUGACAGUGGUUUCGUAUGACCAGGGGAAAAGUGUGACAUUAUCCUGACUUUGUCAGACUCUUCCACACUUCAAGACCUCUGAGAAGUGUAGAACUAAGUAAAGAAUGACAAGGGGUUCCUAACAGGGGGAAAAGUGCGACAAUAUCCUUACUUUGUCAGACUUUUCCACACUUCCGGACCUCUGAGAAGUGUGGAACUAAGUAAAGAAUGACAAAGAGUUCAUGACUGGGGGAAAAGUGCGACAAUAUCCUUACUUUGUCAGACUUUUCCACACUUCCAGACCUCUGAGAAGUGUGGAACUAAGUUAAGAAUGACAAAGGGUUCAUGACUGGAGGAAAAAUGCGACAAUAUCCUUACUUUGUCGGACUAUUCCACACUUCCACACCUCUGAGAAGUGUGGAACUAAGUAAAGAAUGACAAAGGGUUCAUGACUGGGGGAAAAGUGCGACAAUAUCCUUACUUUGAUAGACUUUUCCACACUUCCAGACCUCUGUGAAAUGUGUGACUAAGUCAAGAUUGACAAGGGAUGAGGGCCUCUGAGAAAAGGGUGACAUUAUACUAUUCCACACUUCCACACCUCUGAGAAGUGUGGAACUAAGUAAAGAAUGACAAAGGGUUCAUGACUGGGGGAAAAGUGCGACAAUAUCCUUACUUUGUUAGACUUUUCCACACUUCCAGACCUCUGAGAAGUGUGGAACUAAGUCAAGAAUGACAAGGGGUUAGUGCCUAUGAGAAAAGGGUGACAUUAUCCUGAGUUUGUCAGACUUUUCCGCACUUCCACACCUCGAUCUGAGAAGUGUGGAACUAAGGAUGAAAAAGGAAAGUAGGGAUCUUGUGGCCAGCACUGGACAUUUGUGUUGACUGCCCCACUGGGUUUUAGCUACUCUGUCAGAGUACUUCCUAUAAUUAUAAUAUAAUCUUCAUUUUAAUUUCUUACAGGCAAAACUGGCAGGUGCCACUCAACGUCAGACAGAAUCCUACCUGAAGCCAUUGUUAAGAAAACUGAAACAUAAGGUCUUAUUUUCAUGA